AUGGUUAAAACACCGGCUAUAGGUAUUGACUUGGGCACCACCUACUCCUGCGUGGGAGUUUGGCAGAACAGCAAGGUGGAAAUUAUUGCCAACGAUCAGGGAAACCGCACCACGCCCUCCUAUGUGGCCUUCAACGACACGGAGCGCCUUAUUGGCGAUGCGGCCAAAAACCAGGUCGCUAUGAAUGCCAAGAACACGGUGUUCGAUGCCAAGCGUCUGAUUGGCCGCAAGUUCGACGACAAGAAGAUCCAGGAGGACCUGAAGCUCUGGCCCUUCAAGGUGAUCAACGAGGGCGGCAAGCCCAAGAUUGAGGUGGAGUUCAAGGGGGAACGCAAGCGAUUUGCACCCGAAGAGGUCAGUUCGAUGGUGCUGAUCAAGAUGCGCGAAAUCGCCGAGGUCUAUUUGGGUGGCAAGGUGAAGGACGCCGUGAUCACAGUGCCAGCUUAUUUCAACGAUAGCCAGCGACAGGCGACCAAGGAUGCGGGUUCCAUUGCGGGUCUGAAUGUGUUGAGGAUCAUCAACGAACCCACGGCGGCUGCCUUGGCCUACGGGUUGGACAAGAAUCUCAAGGGGGAGCGCAAUGUGCUCAUUUUCGAUCUGGGUGGCGGCACCUUUGAUGUCUCCAUUCUCACGAUCGACGAGGGUUCCCUGUUCGAGGUGAAGGCCACGGCCGGAGACACCCACUUGGGUGGCGAGGACUUUGACAACCGGCUGGUCAAUCACUUUGCCGAGGAGUUUAAGAGGAAGCACAAGUCGGACAUCAAGGGAAAUGCCAGGGCUUUGCGACGUCUGAGGACGGCCUGUGAAAGAGCGAAGAGGACAUUGUCCUCCAGCUCGGAGGCUUCCCUGGAGAUUGACGCCCUGCACGAGGGCAUCGACUUCUACUCGAAGAUCUCGAGGGCUCGUUUCGAGGAGCUGAACAUGGACCUCUUCCGUUCCACCAUGCAGCCAGUGGAGCGAGCCCUCAGCGAUGCCAAGAUGGACAAGAAGGCGAUCGAUGAUGUGGUUUUAGUGGGCGGCUCCACUCGCAUCCCCAAGAUCCAGAAACUGCUGCAGGAUCUGUUCGGUGGCAAGCAGCUGAAUCUCUCCAUUAAUCCCGAUGAGGCGGUGGCCUAUGGAGCAGCGGUGCAGGCGGCCAUCCUCACCGGCGUGGGCAGCUCCCAGAUCCAGGAUCUCCUCCUCGUGGACGUGGCUCCUCUUUCGCUGGGCAUCGAGACCGCCGGCGGUGUGAUGACCAAGUUGGUGGAGCGCAAUGCUCGGAUUCCCUGCAAGCAGCAGCAGACCUUCACCACCUACAGUGACAACCAGAAUGCGGUGACCAUUCAGGUUUACGAGGGCGAAAGGGCCAUGACCAAGGAUAACAACCUGCUGGGCACCUUCAAUCUCACCGGCAUUCCGCCUGCCCCGAGAGGAGUGCCCCAGAUCGAGGUGGCCUUCGAUUUGAACGCCGACGGCAUCCUGAAUGUGAAUGCCAAGGAUAGUAGCACUGGGCGGACCGAGAAGAUCACCAUCACCAACGACAAGGGAAGGCUAUCAAAGGCGGAGAUCGAUCGCAUGCUCGCGGAGGCGGAGAAGUACAAGGUGGAGGAUGAUCGUCAGAGGGAAAGGGUUCAGUCGCGGAACAAUCUCGAGGGUUACAUCUACAGCUGUCGUCAGGCCGUCGACGAGGCUCCAGCCGGUGGUGUCCUCACCGAAUCCGAUCGCUCCAAGGUGCGCGAAAAGUGCACUUCCGAGGCUGCCUGGCUGGACAAGAACUCGCUGGCCGAGAAGGAGGAGUUCGAGCAUCAUCUCAAGGAGUGCCAGCGCAUCUGCAGUCCCAUAAUGGCGAAGCUACAUGGUGGAGCAGCCAAGGGUUCCAAACAGUCGACGGGAAAUGGUGCCCAUCCCACCGUGGAGGAGGUGGACUAAGCUAAAC